AUGGUUAUUUCCCGAUUUCGUCACACACAAUCGUCGGCAUCUCGACCAGACAAACACUUCUUAAAUGUCAAUCCAACCGGUGCGAUAUGGGACUGCAGUAAUAUGAUUGCUUGUAAUGAUCGCUUUGUCGCAGUACCAUGGGCUCAACUCGGCAGUACGGUAGUAUUACGCCACACAGAUUAUGGAAAGAUCCCACCUAAUCCACCUAUUCUAUCUGGUCAAGAAGGUCCUAUUAUUGAUCUUGCGUUUAAUCCAUUUGAUUCCAGUAAACUUUUCACAGCUAGUGAGGAUGGUACUAUUAUGGGAUGGAAUAUUCCAGAAGAGGGAUUUACACAGAAUUGCACAGAUAAUAUUGUACACUUACAGGGACAUACAAAGAAGGUGGGUAUUAUGAGUUUUCACCCCAGUGCCUCUAAUGUACUUGCCUCUGCUGGGGCGGAUAUGGUUAUUAAUAUAUGGGAUGUAAAUUGUAAUAAAGCAGGUGAAGUGGUAAAGUGUCAUAAUGAACAAAUUAUGUCACUUGAUUGGAAUCUUAACGGUUCACUUCUCUGUACAACUUCAAAAGACAGAAAAGUGAAUAUUGUGGAUCCCAGAAAAGGUUCCAUUGUUUCCUCUGGAGAUGCCCAUCAGGGAGGAAAAACACAACGUUGUGUAUGGGCAAGAAGACUGAAUCUUAUCAUGACAGUUGGGUUUAGUAAAACACAAGCACGUCAGGCGAUGGUAUGGGAUGCUCGUAAAAUGUCAUCUCCUGUACAAACUGAAGAUAUCGAUCAAUCCAGUUCUAUUAUGUUGCCAUUCUUUGAUGAAGAUACCAGUAUAUUAUAUAUUGGAAGCAGAGGUGAGGGUAGUAUUCGUUUCUAUGAAUGUAUGGAUGGACAUCUUGUGAAUUGUGCUGCCUAUACUUCCAGUGAAGUUCAUAAAGGACUCUGCAUGUUUCCUAAAUGGUCUUUGGAUACCCGUCAAUGUGAAAUUGGACGCUUUUACGCACUUACACCCAAAACUUUAUAUACUAUUCAAAUGCUUCUUCCGCGUAGACAGGCAGAUGUGGAAUUACAAACAGAUGUCUAUCCCCCAACCUUUGCUGAUACCCCCGCAAUGACAGCAGAGGAUUACUUUAAUGGAGAAAAUAAAGAUCCACUGGUGAAGGGUAUGCAAUCUGUAUUUGAUUCCAAUUCACGAGAUUCCAAAACAACAUCUUUUAUGUCUCCAGCAAAGGAGAAACAUGUGGAUGCCACUCCAGCAAAACACAAAUCCGUAAACGCCACACCUGCGAAAUCUCUUAGCGUUACUCCAACACCAGGCAAACUUAAGAAACCAGAUAUGACUCCUACACCUACACCCAAUAAGUAUGCAGAUCCUUUGAAAAUGGAUCAUUCUUCUUCCUCCACCACCUCCGCCUCACCACUGCAGGGAAAUAAAAAAGAAAAAGGAUCUGCGGAAAGUAAAUCACAACUUUCAGCACUUUUGUUGGAUCUGGAACGACAACAAGAGGAAGUGCGGCGGUGUCGAGAAAGAUUGCAAGAGAAGGAACGUCUUGUGAUGGAAACAAUUUCAAAGAUAAGUAGUAUUGCCUCUUCCAUGUCCUCAUAG